AAUAUGCCAGUAGUAUACUAGUGAACUCGGUGUGAAGUGCGUCGCCCAGUGCCACACUAGUGCCACAGACAAAUUCAUAUAUAUUAUAUACCCAUCUCUCACACGCACAGACGUUGACUUUCAAUAUGGGUGACAGGAACUCUCGUAGGAUCGGUGAAUUAGUGCGAAUGGAAGGGAAUAGCGAAUGCGCCGAUUGUGGUCUCACAAAUCCUGAAUGGGCAUCAUGUAACAUUGGCGUUUUUAUUUGUACAACAUGUGCUUCUUUACAUCGAGGAUUGGGGACACACAUAUCCCAAGUCAGAUCUUUAAGAUUAGACAAAUGGGAAGAUAAACAAGUUGAAAUGAUGGAGAUGAUGGGUAAUGUACAAGCCAAACAGAAAUAUGAACAGCAUGUUCCAGCUUGUUACAGAAUACCUCAGUCAGGAGAUCCCCCGGUGUUAAUAGAACAGUGGAUAAGAGCAAAGUAUCAGCGACAAGAGUUUAUUGAUGUUGACAAGCAAACCUAUAUACGAAAUAGCUUGGAAGGAAUUUUAAUGAAAAAGGCAAAAGAUGAAAACAAAUAUUAUCCCCGUAGAUUUGUUAUAGCUGAUAACACACUGAAAUAUUUCAACAAAGAGAACUCCAAAGAACCAAAAGCUACCAUACUUCUGUCAGAGCUAAAUGUCUGCCUAGCACCUAACAAAAUGAAUAAAGAAAAUGGGAUGCAGUUGUCUUAUAUGACAGAUGGGUCAACGAGACAUAUAUAUGUGCAUCAUGAAAGUGGUGAAACCAUCAUUCACUGGUACACAACUAUUCGAAGUAUAAAAUUGAACUGGUUGAUGGUUGCUUAUCCAAGUGCCAGUGCUGAAGAGUUAGUGCCCUACUUAACAUCAGAUUUUGCCAUUGAGGGAUGGCUGUGCAAGACGGGACCAAAUGAAAAAGAUGCUUAUAGAAAGCGCUGGUGUAUUCUUGAUGAUAGAAAGCUUAUGUAUCAUGAGGGUCAACUGGAUGCCUUCCCAAGAGGAGAAAUAUUCUUAGGCUUUAAGGAUGACAAUUAUAGUGUAAAGGAAGGUGUUCCAAGAGGAUGCAAAGAACAUGACUUCUCAUUUUCACUUGUUACUCCUGAUCGCACAUAUGUGAUGUCAGCAGCCACCUGGGAUGAGCGAGCGAGAUGGAUGGCAGCCAUUAAUGCAGUGUUAGAAAGACCACUUAGACCACAAGAUAAUCAAUGUAAGAUGUCAUUAGCGUCUUCUAAAAGGCAUUCACGAAAUUCUCGAAUUUUUACACUGUCCUCGAUAAGAUUACCAUGACGCUAACCUUUCUUCCUUGCCCUUUCCCUAGCAUGUACUUUUUCAUAAUGUUUAUAGAAGAAACUGGUAUGUGAACUGAAAAUAUCAGUAUUUGUACAAAUGCAUAUUGAGAUACUACUUUUUAAGAUAGACUAAAAGAGUGAAUGUGCAACAGGAAAGGUAACUAAUCACACAAUAUAAGGAAAAAAAAAAAGCACAAAAGCAUGCACACAUAAAAAUAGAAGACAGUGUAAAUAUUAAUGAUAGUUCAUGCUUAACAUUUGCCAUUACCUGUGCCUGGUUGUACCCUUUGUGUAUUGUUGGAAGUACAGACUACUGCCUCACUGGAGCCAAUACUUUGCUACUUGAAAGGCAGAUGAGGUGUGGAACACUCUUGAAGUGGAGAUAUUCCUCACACAUCUUCACCCCAUCCCAAUUUCAGCCAUUAAUCACCUAUUGUUACCAUUUUCCCUUUCCUUUUUUUCAAACUUUUCAUAUUUCUUGAAUAACAGUUGUCUUGAAAAUGGCCAGAUAGUUACUUGUAGUCGGCAAAUUAUUUCCUGGUUUGUAUGAGUGUCAUUUUGGGGUUAUUUAUAAUUAAUAAUACUAUUGUUAUUAGAAAGUAGUUGAAUCAGAGCGCAAUCAUUUGUCUAGAAUCAUAGGACUGGCCCAGAGUAUUUGUUCAAAAGUGAGAGAUAAAAAUUGGAGCAUGAGAAGAGUAAAGUAGCUGAAUAUCUAGAUGGUAAGAAACCAGAGGAAAUGCAUGAAAGUUAAAGGUAUUAAGUAAUUCUGUUGAGGCUAGAAAUGUUGUAAAAAGCCCUUAUAAUUUCCUCGUAGAUGUAGUGGUACUAUUUAUCGUAUACCUUUCUGAGUGCAGUGAAUAUUAGCGUGGAGAGGAAAGCCUAAAAAUCAGUAGGCGGUGGGAGUGGGCUGCUAGUCUCAUUGAGGAACAUUCUCCUUCCUGCGGGAAGUACAGGAUUUUUGUUUUUAUCUUCUUAGGGUAAUAUAUAUGGGCAAUCAUAGAAGGUAGUGAUAAAGCUUUUCUGAUGCAUUUCUUUGUGCUUUGCUUCUCAUCUGUUCUAUUCAAGCUUUGUGUAACUUCUUCAACAUUACUCUACUAUUUUCAGUUCUCAUUUAAGAGCAAAUCCUUUGGACAAGCUAUGUAAGUCAUCACUUUAGGACUCAGUGGUCUUGUCAGUGGGAAUAAUUUAUAUUUCUUUGCAUGAUUCCAGUACAGUAUUUCCUCUUAAUAUAUAAGUUAAUCAAUAUGGGCCAGCCUAUGGGAGUCAAGAAAUGUGAAUAUGUGGUCUUAUUAGAUUUUUUUGUACUAAAUAUAUGAUGAUAAUAAUAAUAAUAAAGGUAAUAAUAAUAAUAAUAAUAAUAAUAAUAAUAAUAAUAAUAACAAUAAUAAUAUUGUACUGUUAGAGUAAUAAUCAUCAUUGUUGUCGUCAUUAAAUUUUCAUGUGGUCUGCAUUUUGAGAUUUAAAACAUUGGCCCUCUAGUAAGGUAGGAAUUUUUAUAUAAGAAGCAUGAAAAGUGUUUUGAAAUGUUCAUAUAUGUACGUAUAAGCAUGUGUAGCUACAAGAGUUGCAUGGUUUGAUUUUUGCAUAGGUAUAGUUUAGAUUUUGCAUGAGAAUUUUUUUAAUAUUGCCAGAUAGUGAUAUUGUUGAAUCAAAAAACUAUUUUACCUAGUUGAAAGAUAUAAUGAGAGAGAGCCAGUUUUUUCCACCAAAAUCCAGAAGUCAUUCUUUAGUAAUUUUGUGGUUUAACAUGUAACACUAACCCAUAGAAAGGUUUGUUGAAGAGACAUUUUUAUUUUGCACUUUUGUUUUAAAUCUUGACAAUCAUACUGUACAUAAUGGUGCUGAUCAUUUUAUAGAGAAGUUUCUGUGAAGAAAUAAUAUGUGUAGUAUUUAGUUUGGCCAAGGCUGGAUCAUAUAGUGAGGAAACUAGUAUGUAGUAGGCCAUACAGCAUUCAGUUUAAGGCUACCCUAAAUCUUCAGCCAGUUGUAGUUAUAAGACAAGGCAUUUGCAUAAUCUCCAUAAUUAACAUGUUUAUGCCAGCUUUUCCCAUUAUGGAGCAAGACAUGAAAUUAUUCCUUUCCAUUCUCUUCUGUCAUAUGCACAUUUUACCUGAAUUUCUGUCUGGUCUAGAUACUUGAUCUUUGUCCAUUUUUGUUGAUUUUCUGUGUUUUCUUAUAAAUGUCUAUCCAGCUAUGUCCUUACGUAUUUACUUUUAUAAUUGUAAGUCAGUCAUUUUCACCACAUGCCCAAAGCAUCUCAGUCUGUCAAUUUAUAUAUUUGGAGGUUAUAUUUUUAAUAAUAAAAGCAUUGAUGGGGCACAAUACAAUAUUCUUAUUCAUUGAAAUGGAUGACAAAAAUUACUUUUUUAGAGGCGGGUAUACGGCACAGAUGAUUAUCAAAAAUGGUAAUUUUCAUGCUUGACAAAUUUCACAACUUGCAAAUUGAAGCUCAGCAUCUUUUCUAGUUUUAAGAGUAAGCCCAAUGCCUUUUUUUUUUAUCAGGGAGUUGCUUAAUUUACUGAGGCUUGUAAUUAUUAAAGGAUUUUUAAAAUUACUUACUUCCCAAGCAAGAAUUUGCAUAUGUACUUUUAUUUGUAAAAAUUGACCAAGUGGUUUCAUUGAACUUGAUGGAAAUAAUUAUAAUUAAUAAUGCCUUUCAUUAGAUUUAUUGGAACAAUUUACAAUCCUUAUUGUAUAUAUAUUUUACAAGGUCAUGUCAAAUUUCCCUGAUCCAGAUCAAUUAAGUUUUCUGUAAAAAUUUUUUAUACUGGAAAUAUAUUGACUACCAUAAGUGAGAAAGCUUGAGGGGUAGACAAUUAGUUUGAGUGCUGUACUUAGAAUAUAUAUGUUAUAAUUUCUUACACUUGAAGAUUGUUCCAGGUAUUCUUCUCAUAUGAAAAGUUUUUUUUUAGUGAAGGGAGUUUAUUUUUUAAUUAAAAAAUCCAUGGUUUGGAAUAAUCCUAAUUUUUAUGUUGACCCUGUAAGGUUUGCUGGUAGUUUUGAGGUCUAGUUAUGUGGUAUACCCUUAAACUGAAUGGAUGAUGCUUUGAAGAUUGAACACAAUGUCCUUUAGUAAGGUGCAUCUCAGUUUGUACCUAGGUAAGGUGGAGGGUUUUCAUUAGUAAAAAAUUCUUGUUUGACUUAUGUGAUAGGUAGUAUUCAUAUUGAAAAAAAAGUCUUGCUAGCGAGUUUGUCAUCUGAAGUUUCAUAAUUCAUUAUAGUUUUCCUGUAGCCAUGUGACAGCAUCUAUAGUUUUUUAUAUUUUGGAAACUGCUAAAGAAUGCUGUGCUUGCAGACUUCUGUACUUUGAAAACAUUUCCCCAGUGACUUUUAUGAAAACGGGAAUUAGCACGAGAAAUUAGUAAGUACUAUAUCAAGUUUAAUGAGAUCACUGAGCCACAUUUCUAUCCUCUCAUAGGGCCAAACCGAAGGAUUUGUUUUUAAAGGAAUCAUGGAAAUUCAAGUAAAACUAAACUUGGACAGCUAAAUAGGAAGAAACCUUUGGGAAUGAAUGAAACGUAAAAGUAAAAAAGCAGUGCAACUGUACAGAAAGUGCUGGUACUAAAAACCAUUAGUAUUAUAGGGACAGCCUGGCAAACAUUGGAAGAUUAGCUCCUUUCUUAAUUUGAUGAUUUGCUUAGUACUGUACAAAGGCUUUACUUAGGCAUGAGCGUAGACAGAAUUUAUAAAUUAAUUUAUAUUGUUUUGUACAGGAUGUAAAAAAUUGUUUUUAGGUGUAUGCUUUUCUCAGUUCUGUCUAAAUGCAAUGAUAAAAACACUUAUGAAAGGUACUCAAGAGAUUUCUGUUUACAUAUCCACUAAUCCCAGAUGGUUAGGGUGAAAAUCAACACUUAAUAAACAGCUGACUGAAAAGCUUGGAACUAUACUUAAAAUAAUGGUAUGAGUUAUGGAACAUUUCUUUACCACUCAUGUAGUUCGAGAUAAUGUCUUCUAAAAAUUUAUUUAAAAUUAAUUUGAUUAUGAUUUCAGAGGAUUGCUUUGGGUUUGGCCUAAUCAUAGUACAAUACUUUGAUUGGAAGUUCAAUUCAAACAGCAGAUGUACUGCUGGAUUUACUUUUAUUACUUUUACACUUACUCUUAAACUUUUUCUGGGGUUUGAAAUUUCAGUCAUACCUUUGAAUGGCCACAGGAAGUCAAACGGACUAAGUUGGCUGUUUAACAAGACUCGCAAGUAAGAAAAUAAUUCAUCCUCUUCUCUUCCAUAUGGGCAGAACUUCUGAACAAUAUGUGGAUGUGUUUUACAUUAAGUUUUUAAUGGUUAGUGGAGGUUGCUGUGUAGAGAUACUUUAGCCUAAUGUAUUACUCGGUUUGCUUUAAAGAAAACCAAAUAUAAUUUUAUAAUUUUACGACAUAACAGUUGUUUCCUAGGUUUUGACAUGAAAAAUUACCAACAGGAAGAUAAAAACACUCCUAAUGUUACAGGGUGCUGACCAAAGUAUGUACAGUAGUAGUUACAUUUGAAACUAAUUGAAGGGGGUCCAGUAGUAAUUUGAAGUGUUUGAAGAUAAUUAUAACAUUUUUAACACUUCAUUCUUUUUAAAUUUUUAUUGUGGUAUUUUAUGCUAAUAUAAGGUAUCUUCAAAUAGUAGAUUGGCUUGGAAUAAUUAUUUUUCCUUUGCCAAACCAAGGCCUUUCAUAACAUUAAUUGGUCAUAGUAGAAGUCAGAACAUAGUUGUACUUUGUACAGUUUUAUUGACUUAUCAGCUAAAGACCACAAUACAGUACAGUGUACAGUAGUACCUAUAGUAAAUUCACAUCAGCCAUGCAUUUCAUGUCUAGGCCAAUCCCUUACGACGCUUCUGAUUGGCUGUUGAUAAGCCAAUCGCAGAGCUGGAAACUCUUCGUUUCUCACGAGAGUUCACAUAGGCAGGAUGUAUGUUCCACCUCUCCUGAAAGACGGAUCCCUUAGGAGAGGUGGAACAUAGAACCUACCCAUGUGAACUCUCGAUAGAGACCGAGUUUCCAGCCCUGUGAUUGGCUUAUCAACAGCCAAUCAGGAGUGUCAUAAGCGACUGGCCUAGACAUCAAAUGCACGGUUGAUGUAAAUCAAUUAUAGUAAUAUUUUUAUGAGGUUUUUCAAACCUUUUGAGUUGUAAGUACCCAACUGUGGUUUUAGACUCAAUUGUCAAUGUUUUCAGUAUUAACAUAAAAGAAUGCUAGGUAAUGCCUUCAUGUCAAAUUUGGUUUCAUGGCAAACCUACUUCAUAUGAUAGCCCACAUUUAUGGCAUAUGGAGUGUCAGAACACUAAGUCUCUCUUGGAGGAAGAUGAUGAUGAUAGUAGUCACCACUGCACAAAAUUGGAUUAAUCUUUAGUGUCACAGCAUUAUCCUUCCAGUAUUUAGGAAACCUGCUGUCUUCUAAUGUUUUGCUGGGAUUUUUAAAAAUCUUUCUUGUUCUGAAAAGUAAAAACUUUAAAAUCUUCGUUCUUGUUCUGAAAUGUGAAAACGUCUCGUUAAAUUUUGCAAGACAUAGUUGCAUCCCACAUUUGGUAGGUUUCCUUUUCAAUGUUUUAUAAUAAGUAAUAAAGGAUACACUGGUUUUUGCAUGUCCAGUUAUGGUGUCCAAUUUCCUGUUGAAUAGUCUUUAACUUUUAUUUGGAACAUAUUUGCCUCAUAAGGUUAAAUGUGAUUUUGUAUUAGGUUUGCAGAGUUGCAUUCUGUAUACAUUUGGUAAGUUUUUAUUGUACCAUUUUCCUAAUAACUACAGUCUUUUUCCCUUCAAAUAUAUUGGCCAUAUAUGGUGGUUAUUUAUUAUUUUUUGUUUUUCAUGUCCAUUUUGUAUUUUCCACAAUUUUUUUGUAUUUUACUGGUUGAUUUCACCUUUGUCAAUCCUGCUAGAGAGUUAAUGCAAAGUCUGUAUUUUAUAAAUCUCAGUAGUCAUUUACUUACUUAGUGGUUUUUAAACAUUUUAAUUAGUUUGCUAGGAGUGGGUAGGUUUUUACUUCUGGGAGGGUCAUAUAUGUUGGCUAGGAUGAGAUGUGGAACAAGAUCAUCUAAAAUUUAGGUUCUUUAUUAGGUAAAGUUACAAUAAAACAGACACACUGUGUGAGCAACCAAACUUGGAGAGGGGAAGUGUGCUCAGCUGCCACUUAUCAACAUUCUUGUGACCUAAGAAUACAGUUGCCAUUUUGCAAUAUGCAGUGUUAUAUACAUGGGAGGCGAGGAUACAAUAUACAAUGACAAAUACAUUACAUAUAGAUUUAUAUCUAUACCUCCCUCCCCAUUUCACUCUCGCAGGCCCAUCUUGAGUGGGUUCUUCAUCUGCAAAACCUGGGAGAUCUACGUGGGGCUGUAGGAGGCCUGUUGGAGACCCCUGUCCAUGUGAAGGUCCCCAGGGAUGCACAGUAGAGUCAAUGCCAGGGGUUGGUAUUGGGUACAGGAAGUGCCAGUUCCUCAAGUAUAGUAUUUGUCUGCUGUGGGAGACAUACUUCAUAGUCCCUUGACCUGCCAUGGCUCAUGACGAUCCCAACCUUGUCCCAACUGUGAUAAGUCUGGUCUUGUAUCCUGACUGACUGCCCAACUUCUAGCCUGGGUAGGGGACAUGCAUGUUGAUUGUACAACAUCUGUACAAGUUCAGCUCUGGUGGCAGCAGAGAUUGCAGCCCUUGGCUUUCUCAAGCCAUUCCUGUAAGAAUGACUUAAGAUGAGCAGGUACACAAGAGUGAAGUGGGUGGCCAUACAUAUAGGAUUUCUGCAGGGGAGCAGCCCAUAAAGUUUAGUGUUUUGUAAAUUCAAGAGGCCGUGGUCAAAGUCUUCAGUCAAUGUUGUCAGAGGGUGCUGUCUUCAGUAUAAGAUGCUUCACAGUCUUCACAAUGGCCUUGGCAUCGCCACUGGACUGCAGGCAGUACGGGGAAGUAACAAGAUAAUGUAAUCCUCAUUGCUUCAUGAAAUCCCUGAAUUUACAGCUGGCAAAUUGAGGUCCACCAUCAGUCCUAAGGUGAAGCAGGACACUGACCUCCCUAAAAUAUUUGCAGAAGAUCUUUAUCUUUGUAUAGGUGGUAGUGUCACUGUAGCAUGGGGCAACACCAGGCCACUCAGAAAGCCUGUUUGUCAUGGCUAGGAGUGAAUUUCCUGCAAUGCUGAGGAAGUCCGCCAACACAGACUUUAAAGGCCUACUGGGGUGGUUGUCAUUUCCAAGAGGUUCCUGCUGGAGGCUGGGUUGUAAAACCUGGCAAGGCUCACAAGCUUGGACAGUACUUGUGACAUCAGAGUCAAUUCCUGGCUAGUAAACAGUGUUGUGCCUAUCACCUUGUGGCUUCUAUUCCUCUAUGAUUGUUUGUUUGUUUGUAUGGUGUUUUUACGUUGCAUGGAACCAGUGGUUAUUCAGCAACGGGGCCAACGGCUUUACGUGACUUCCGAACCACGUCGAGAGUGAACUUCUAUCACCAGAAAUACACAUCUCUCACUCCUCAAUGGAAUGGCCAAGAAUCGAACCCGUGACUACGGAGGUGAGAAGCAAACACCAAACCAACCACACCACUGAGGCGCUAUUCCUCUGUGAUUGUCAUGGAGUUGUGAUAGACUGCAGCAGGAACUGUAACCCUUGCUCCAUAAGGUACAAGUUCAGCAUCGGUUGAGAUGCUGUCCAGUAGUUUCCAAAAUGGGAGCAACGAAUUAAGUUGUAAGGCUUGGUAGGAAAUCUUGAGGGUACACAGUCUCGAAGACAGAUCUACAACGUGUCCUCCCUCACUGAAGCACGAAGAUCUUGAAUAAUCCUGUAGACGGUUGGGGUGAGGCAUCAUCCUCUUGGGCUGCUGCAUGGGUAGUGGUGAUAGUUCUGAUGUAUGGCCCAGUCUCAACACAGUCAGUUUCGUCCUGUGGUGUGAGCUGGCUGACAGGGGCAUAAGACAGGACGUUGGGUAUGCCAAGCUGUUUGCUAGCACACCACACAGCUGUGAACAGGUAAGGUGAGAUUUUCUCCUUGAGACAUUGCAAAUGGUGAUUCUCAACUGACUCCAGAAUUCAUUGGUUAGAAAUUGGCACCAGUGGGCAAUGGUCUGUCGUCAAUGUAAAAUGUUGGAGGCCUAUCAGGUACAGUUUGCAUUUGGAGAUAACCCAGGUUAUGGCUAACUUCAACUCAAUUGUGGCAUAGUGUGUCUCGGCAUCUGAGAAGAAACAAAAGCUACACUGUACUAGCAGUCUUCCAUUGCUGUGGUCCUGUAGAAAGGCAUAUCCUAUUCAUUAAGUUGAGAAGCAUCCGUCUGUAGGAUAACUGGGAGGGCUGGAUCAAAGGAGGCAAGGACUGGAGGCCUAGCCAGGGCUGUUGUCACUCGGCAAAAUGCUCCAUCCUUAUCCUCGGUCCAUACAAAUGCAUAGUUGAGGCUCAUAAGGGGUCUGAGAGGCUGAGCUGCGUUAGAUACCUCAGGCGUAAAGUCGGCUAAUUGGUUCGCUGACCUCUUGAAUGAGCAAAGAUCCGUUAAGUUUGCUGCUACUUUGUCGGAGUCCAAUGAAAUGCCAUCUUGGGAGAUCCAAAAUCUUCAAAAGAUAAUCCUGGCGGUAGUGACCACAAACUUGCCUAAGUGAGAUGCCAAACUUGUGUCACCUUGUCAACAUCUCAUGGUUUCAUAGUAUAUAGCUGGGGAAAUCCUUGUUGAACAGCAGGAUAUUGUCGCCUACUUUGACACAAUUCUCGAGAACUUGCAGAGCCUAUAACAGACAUCGGCACCUGUGUCUGGCAACUUCUGAAUCCUGGAUAAGAUGUCGCUAAACAAGAGGGAAAUGGAGAUUAGCUGCUGUGUUUUGAUAGAAGAGGGGAUCUUCGCAUUUGACAGCAGCUGGGGGUCUUGCCCGAAGAGGGUGGUGUAGGCUUGGCAAUUGUUUUAGAACCCUUUUUGGCAUCCCUUGUCGUCUUCCGGCAGCACUUGUCGUAUUGUCCCUGUCGGCUACAGUAGUGGCACUGCAUCUGUCUGGCAGGGCACCUCUGGGCCUUGGCCCAAUGCCCUUUGUGGGCACAGUUGCUGCAGGUGCUGUCUGCUGCUGGACACUUCUCUGCGGCUGCAUGACUGGCACAAAACAUAUUGUGAUGGUGUGGUAGAGAUGGCAUCUUUCCAUGUUAUUUCUGCUUCCUGUAGUUUGAGAGGGCUUAGCAUGAAUUACAGAAGUGACCUUCCUGGUGUUCUCAUAGGUGCAACACAUGUUGAUUAUGUCCUGUGGAGAGGCGUUGGUGUCAAUGGCUGGGUGUUUCUCAGUCAGUUCAGUUCUUCAUCCUUGACUCCCAUGUGGAUGAUCAUCAUCAUCUGGGUUUGCUCACAAACUGAAGAUCCAGUGGGAUAGACAUCUAUUUCCUCUGCAGUGUUCUUGAGUCUUAUGUAAAAGUCUGGAAAAAAAGACUCCCUCUCUAAUUCUCUAAUUGUUUGCAGGUAAGCAGCUCCAUAUAAUGUAGAUUCUUGUUGCAAAGGCUCAUAAUGUGUUCUUGAAGGACAUCCAAGACUUCCUCGACAAUUAUUCCGGUGUUUAGGGGUAUGGGUAACUUUGGCAGAUUCACCAUUGACACUGCCAUUCCUGAAAAAAUAAGAAAGUUGCAUCUGGACAAAAUUUUUGUCUCCUUUCCUCCUGUACCCCUCUUCUUGUCUCCUCCUUUCCUCCUCAUGUCUGAUCCUGGCAUGAUCCGUAAUUUCUCCAGGUAUUGUAUGAGGAAAAGGAAAUCUACUGAUUGGGGUAUCAUUGUCCAAGGAUGGAGAGCAGGUGGGGACUGUGGAUGAUAGACAUGUUCUUGAGAAUGUGGGAGAGUGGGGUGUUGUCACGUUCAUACUGAGAACAUGUAGAAUCAUUUUGAAAAAUGUUUGUUAAGCCCCACACAGGCUUAAAACAGAAUUCAACAGAAAUGUACAGUACAUAUCAGUAUUUUAAGUGCAGUGCAUGAAAUAUUGGCAAUAGUUGGCUUGUUAGCACCAACUUACUCUGCACUUAUGAUAUGCUGUACUAUAUACCAGCAAAUAAAGAAUGUACAGCGAGAGAACUGGGUCACUGCUGGUGUAAGGUCCCCUGUUGGUAUUCUUCCCAUUCACUUUGUCUCCUUUAUCACUGCUUGCUUCCUGUAACUUCUUCCUGUAAUUCGUUACUGCACCAUCUUGGUUGGGAUGAGACGUGAAACAAGCUCAUCUAAAUGUAGGUUCUUUAUUAGGUAGGUAAGGUUACAAUAUAACAAGGACAAUGCGUGUGAGCAAGCGAACUCGGAGAGGGGCAGCCGCUUACUGCUUGGCAUUGGAUUUGAGUGUGUUCAGUUGCCACUUAUCAACAUGUGAGGCAAGAAUACAGUUGUCACUUUAUAUCAAUACACUUUGUUAUAUAACACAGUAUAUUGCAACAUGUGAGGCAAGAAUACAGUCGUCACUUUAUAUCACUACACUUUGUUAUAUAACACAGUAUAUUGAUAUAAAGUGACAUAGGAGGCAAUAAUACAUUAUAUAUGUUACAUACAGAUAGUAUCUUCAAGAUAGUAUACCCACUUUUGUAAUGUUACAUGAUCCUCAUUAAUUUAGCUGUAGAGGUCAGGUUUGUUCUCAUUUUCACCUACUCCUUGUAGUAGCCUUGUUCUAAGGUUUAGAGUGGAAACUGGAAGAACAGAAAUUGGAUUAAGCAACAUAUUUCAUAAUAGUUUUUCCACAUAGGGUUCUUUUCCGAAUAGUAUUUCACACAGGGAUCUUUUCCCAAAAUGAUAUUUCUCCCCUCAUGGCAGCAUGCAAACCCCACUCAGCCUGUCUGGCAUUUUAGCAGCUCAAACCUAGUUUCCUAAAUUGAAAUUUAACUCGUUACAAAUUAUGUUGUGAAGUAGGUUUAAUUUUUUAAGAUUUUUCAUACAAACUCGUUACUUAAUUUGAAAUAUCCUUCCUCCCAUCCCCACUUAUUACAGCUAAAGGUGCUUACAACACAGAUACUGACUCUGAUUACUGUGAAAACCUGAAGAUCUAGCUAUGUUUGUGCAGUAAUGAUUACUAUAUUCUUUCUCCUUCUCUGAGGGAUUAAUAGUAUCCAAACAAUAUCACUGAUGACAAUUGUGAACUAUUGCAUGUAUGAAAUAAGUGUGCAUGAAAUUUAAUUACAUUUUUCCUUUUGUAACUAACCAUGCAUGCAUGCUGAAGUUUUGCAAAUAGGGUAGCCUAGUUUCUAUUUUCAUGGAAUAUGGUUUUCCUAUGCAUGUACGUAGUUCUGUAUGCAUACAACGGAACUGAAUUUUAAAAAAAAUUUGUUAAUAGUUUAUACUGGUUUUAUGGGAAUUUAAAUUUUUUUCCAUAUAAUAUACUUGAAUGUACUUAAAACUUAAUUAUGGAUUUUUGUCAGAUGGUAUUCAACUAAAAUUUUAUUUUUCUGUACAUAAAAUAUUUAUGUAAAUAGUACAGCAUGUCGGUGACAUUCACUAUAUUUUUCAUGUUGAAUGACUAUUUUUGUAAUAUGAAAUGCAUGUAAGAUUGAAAAUGUCUGGGUAACUUGGUACCCCACUAUUAAGCAGAGCUUUUUGUAGAGGCCUAAUCAUGCUUAUUAAUGUAGCUCUUUGUAAAAUUCAAAGUAUUUUUGUAAUAUGCAAUGCAUGUAAGAUUUAAGCUGUCUGGGUAACUUGGUACCCCACUAUUAUAAAGUAGAGCUUUUUGUUGUUGUCUAUUCAUGCUUGUUUUACUAUUGCAAUUCUUUGUAAAUUCUAAAGUUUCAGGUGCUGUGAAAUAAAAAAUUGCCCCUGUGUCUAACAUUCUCUCUUUUCUGAAUUUUUUUUAGGGAAAUAAAUUUCAUGUUUGUUAUUUUUUGUA